CGGGUUGGCGGGGCUGGGGCGGACUCUCCGAACCGCCCGAGGUGUGGCCAGGGCUGUUCAGCCCCUUCCUGUGCGCUGCAGAGGGGUUGGGUUCGCGUUCGAAGUGAGGUCCGUCCGCGGCCUGCGUGCGGCCGGGCCGCGGUGGAGGAGCGGGAAGGCCCCGAGGCCGCGUGGUGGGGACGGGGGCGAGCGGAGUCUGCCUGGGGUUUUGGAAAACCAUAAUCCUUGGGAGAGCUGUGAUUGCUCAGUAUAAACUUUCAUCUUAGAGAAGUCUGGGUUUAGUCUCUCUCCCCCUUUCUCUAAGGAAAUUGCUGUUGCAAAUUUACCUCAGCUUUUUGUUCGGCAGACAUGGCUGUCACCCUGCACACUGAUGUAGGAGAUAUUAAAAUCGAGCUGUUCUGCGAGCGGACACCAAAGACCUGUGAGAAUUUCUUGGCUCUCUGUGCUAGCAGCUACUACAAUGGGUGUGUGUUUCACCGGAAUAUAAAGGGCUUCAUGGUGCAGACAGGGGAUCCAUUAGGCACUGGGAAAGGAGGUAACAGCAUCUGGGGCAAGAAGUUUGAAGAUGAAUUCAGUGAAUACCUGAAGCACAGUGUCCGUGGGGUGGUUUCCAUGGCAAACAAUGGUCCCAACACCAAUGGAUCACAGUUCUUCAUCACUUAUGGCAAGCAGCCACACCUAGACAUGAAGUACACCGUGUUUGGAAAAGUUAUUGAUGGCUUGGAGACCCUGGAUGAGCUGGAGAAGCUGCCUGUGAAUGAGAAAACCUACCGACCUCUAAACGAUGUCCACAUUAAAGAUAUUACAAUCCAUGCCAACCCUUUUGCUCUGUAGCCACAGAGUGCCUCGAC